AUGCCUGACUCUUCAGAAAGUUGCUGGGAAAGGUAUUAUGGCGUUGGCGAGACACGCCCGCUGCGACAGAAUGGCCUAUCAUGGAUGGACCCAAUCUUCCCAUCUCUUGACCCGCAGACACUCGAGAUCAUCGAACCACACUCUGACAUAAUUCCACAACCGUCUCCUCCCGAGCUGGACGAUCUCCUCCUCUCGGAGCGACAGCAACUUUCAAGUCUCUCGGGGUUGCGAACCUGGGAAGCUGCGGUACUGGCAAAGACGGAAGCCUAUACUGCAACGGGCGAGAGGCAAGCAAUGAAUAGCAACGAAAUACAAGUCGACGAGUCGUCUUGGCUGCCUGUUUGGUCAAGGGACCGUUGGAUGAUUGACUUCAUUGCGCCUCCCAGUUCGUCCACCAAUUGGUCUGGAUCGCGUCUCUGGAGCGCGCACGAUCCGAUCAUCUGGGGCGUUCUUAAAAAGGCGAUACAAAUUGCUGAUAACAUCGUGCGGAAAUCCCUCGAAGGAGACUGGCUACAAUCUCUGCUCAUCCCGGAAAACCUUGAGAGCCAUGAAACGACACUUCUGUCAGGUUCGAGUAAGGUCGGCAAAAUCUGGAGAAUGAAAUCAUCUCCCAUCAUUCGCAAACCUGCGAAAGAACUGAUCCAGCUGCUGUCCUCGCCUUCCCUUUUGAAUAGAAUAUUUUGGACUUUCAACGACAAAACAACCUUGAACUCAUAUGUGCCGGACGGAAUCAUCAAGGGAUUGACGGCACCAUACGAUUUAUCGGAAGGGCCGAUCACGGUCUUCGUCAACAUUUCUGGGAUAAAGACGCUUCUAGAUGCAAACGCCACUCAAUCUUCCAAGAGUGCGGCGCUGGUGUGUCUUGCAGACACUCUAGUUCACGAACUCAUGCAUGUGAUCGGUUUUCAGAACUUGAGCAGUGAGGUCCUGCUACAAAAAUUAGGAGUCCCGCUUCACGGUUUUGAGAUCUUCGGCCCACAGGAGCACCAGUGCGAGCUCGGGUGGUCAUUUGAACAACAUGCAUUUGGAGGCACUGUGUUUGGACUUAUCCCCAAACGCGAUAGAAACUUGCUCAGCAUAAACUAUGCGCCAUUGAUUCUAUCCAUCAACAGGUUCCCUCAUGUAUCUGAUCCUACACUUACCUAUGACUUCCUUUUGGAUAGCCCCACCAUCAAAACGAGUUGGCCUCUGCCAUCACUUUGGCAUACUUCCCUUUCUUCCGAGGCUUUCUGGACUCAAAUCGUUUCCAAGUAUGGUUAUUCGAGCCUGAAGGCACCCAAAAUGCUCGAGGUCACGAGAGAGAACGGAAAUCGAGGCUUUUACCAACCUUGGGUUUGGACUAUCGAAAAGUCGGCUUGGUUCAAGGAAGGCUUCGUCCCUCAAAAUUUCCAGGCUGAUGAGCUCAGGAUGUCAGCGAGGAGUUUGCACAGCCGGCGGCUCAAGUAUCAGAGAAUGCGCCCGUGGUUCAAAGACACAUUCGCAAUGUGGCAGAUGACGCCUUACAGCCAGGUCGAUCCUCGACACAGACUUUCAUGUCUAACGAUUCCGCUAGCUCGCAGGAACCAACGUGACGAAUUUGACACAGAUUGUCUAGUUAAUUUAUUGAUUCACCCGCUAUACGUGGAUUAUAACCAAUACGGCGUACUCGAAUAUGAAGUUUUUCAACGAAACUUUCAAGCUCGCAUUCAUGAUGAGAAUAAGACGCAGUGGUUCUGGCGGGCCAUAGGGUUUCUCUUGCUAGCCUCGCUGCCUGCACGAGCAGAGGAAGUCGUACCGGCGAAACAGCCAAAACGACUACUAUCGAACCCUUGGACUAUCUCCCAAAGUCUCCCGCUCAGCCAGUCAACAAAAGACGCCAUCCAGGCACAGAUUAAAACAGCAUGUGCGGAAAGAUGGUUCUACCCGCCGUUCACGUUAGUAAGGCGACACAUGCAAGAUCCCAACGACCCAUAUUUGGCACGCAGUGAUCGCCACAAUAACAUUGAUCUAGCAGAGACCGCAUUCAAUACAUACACGUCACUCUGCAUAGAGCCAGCCGGUUUGCGAGACGCCUUUGUAGCCGAAUGCUCAAGCUUAAGAGCCCAAUUGGAUGCCGACUUUGCAAACGGCUACACCUCGUGGCUUGACUUCCGUUUUCAAAUGCCUCAAUACCCUGGGCAAACCUACGAUGGUAGGGCACUUUCACUAUUGGACUUUCAUCGUUCAGGUGCAAAUCCUGGGAACUCUACAGACAAGGACAGUGGAGACAGAGCUGCCGAGAUAUUCCACGGAGAAGACCCGGCAAAACACCCCUCCCUAGACUUCCCGGCUUUUGCGAAGGCUGGCAUCGUCACUGUACCUUCAAAGCAGGGUGAGAGUCAUCAGCGAUAUCAGCUACCAUACUACACAGUGGCUGAGCUGUACGAUCACGCGAAAGUACUCGGAGAUGAGCUGAUUCUGGUCGAGAAUGGGCACCACCUGGAUGUUCACAAAUGUUCUGCCAUCUGUCGAUCGCUCGAGCUUGAUGAGGACGAACUGCCUGAGUUCACCAAGCCCACUUUCUACGGCACUCAGUUGACUGAUUACGGAGUGGAAUGUCUCUACGAAGCUGACAUACUUUCCUUGCCCUUGGGGCGAGUGGUUCGCAUCUUGCGGGAAGAUGACAUUGCUCAGUGUGAUGGAACCGGUGGGGAUCCGUUAUGGAUCCGCAUACACAACAGCGUUUUUGAUAUUACUCACUUGAAGUGUUUAUCAGAGCCGGGACUACGGAGGCUCUUGGCGAGUAACCCAGGUGGAGAUCCAUCUCUUGAACUACUGCAAGAUGGGUAUACUCUUGACGAGAUCAAGAAAUCUCUUGCACCGUGGCGGGUUGGCAUGGUAGCCAAAACUCCAGGCGUAGUUGCCGGCAAGCAUUCUGUCAGAACCUUCACGCCCCGAUCACUCAGAAGACACGAGUUCAGAGAAACAGGGUUGUACGUUGCGAUUGAGAACAAGGUUUACAACAUCACCGACUAUGCCGAAACACAUCCAGGGGGGCUUCAGUGUUUGGUCGAAAAUGGUGGACGAGACAUUACAGAUCUCUUCAAUAAGUACCACCAAACGAAUCGCAACCGAGUUCUCAAAAGCUUGCAGGAGUUGUACAUUGGCAAUUUGAUCGAGCAGCGACAAGAAUAUGCAGAUGAUGAUGUGGAAAGUCUUGUUAAUGACAGGCCUGUGCUUCUACAUGAAAUCAGAUUCGGCAGGGAGGUCUACUCGGUGGAAGCUCUCAGAGACUCAGAGGAGCAUGGAGAGUUCUCCGAACUUGCAGAUUCUCUUUCGCCCUACCUCGGACUCGAUGCCACGGAGGCUCUGCAAGCAGAAGAGUAUGAGGACGGGCCCCUGAUGCGCUUUGCUUGUCUCAGGGGCUACAUUGUAGCAACAGUCGAGGAAAUAGGCUAUAGUCUUCCGGAAAUCGAGCCAGAGGAACUCAGAAUGUUCGAUGGACAUACCGACGAUGGCCGUGAUAUCCAAUACGACGCAUUCGUGGCUUCAGAUGGCUUCGCCUACGAUUUAACAGCUGCGAUGCUUUACGGAUCAUGCAACCCCAUCUACUCCAAGUUCAAACCCUUCCUCGGAGGUGUUGUAGGGGAUGAGGAGUUAAGAACGUACCUUGACACCCAUUGCGAAAAUCUCAUCUGUGCGGUUCUAGUACAGGAAAAGAACGAAGAGAAUGGUAGGCGCAUUGUCAACUGGGAUCCUAGGAAAAAGGUUGCUCCCCGGUAUAAGAUGCCUAUCUGGGCCAAUCGCCCUCGAAAGGUUCCGAAACCACCGGCAGAAGACGACAUUGCUCCUCACAUUGACACCAUAGAAAAGGCCAAAGUCGCAAGAGAGGAGCAGUCCGAGAAGAAGGAAGUAUUCGAGCCCACUCCAACGGCAACCUUUCUUCAAAACAUGAUCAAUCAACUUGACGAGGUCAAUCAGUCCAGCUUCGCUGUGGGGCUGGAGGAGGAAGAAUCUCGAACCAGCUGUAACAGAAACACUAAAGGCAAGGAACCAGAAAGUAAGGCAAGUAGUUCAAAGACGCGACAAUUGAGCAGAUUGGAGGCCGAUCUCAGACGUCGCAAGGACGAAAAGAUCAUGAGGGAGAUAGCCCGAACAUGGCAAGAGGUGAUUGCUUCAGAUGAAUCAACUCUACCGGCUGCUUACCCGCCUCAGAACAGCGCCAAGGACACAGUUGGUAGUGCGCUUCAAGAGAAACAAUCAGAGGAAGGAGAACGUAGUGCCCAACAAGACGCCACUCCGCCCGGUAUGUCGAGGAGAGCACUCGAGGUCAUCAAAAAGCGCAAGCCUGUGUUCGAGAUCGAUGAGGGCCCCCCGAGGAAGCGACGAUAG